UACGAACUGGUUUAUUCCUACCGAUGACGACAUAGCGCGCGCACAUCGACACGGUACUGCUGCACGACAUGCAUCUGCCAUCUUGUCUACCACCACUACCGCCUACCCAGUCACUAGUUGAAUGACCGUUUCUACUAUCUCUUCCGCGGCACACAUAACGCCAGUUGCCGUCAAGACCUUUUUUGCGCAUGGAAAACGCCUGGCUCAGAAAUACAAGAACGGUGACUCGGAAGAGGAUCCCAAAGAUGACAUCUUCUUUGACGAAGCAUUCCAUAUAGUGAAGGCAUUCAUAGAAAUGGGAACUAAGAACACAGUUGAAUCCCUUCAAGCCUUUACCAAUACCCACGUACCUGCGCCAUACUGGGCUGCCGUAUCACCCGUUCGAAUACCUCUGUCCUCGUGUAACCAGGCUGCGGACGUUCUCAUUAAUUGGUUCGGCCCUGAUGAACUCAAGCAGGUUGUUGGAGGUGAACGAUGGUGGCAGGUUCGCGGUCUUGACGGAGUAGACGGAGAAUGGAUUACUGAGACAGACUAUCUUUCCGAUGUGGACCUCAAAAAGGACAAGAAUCUGUCCAAAGAUGAGCAGGAUAUUUUGCGUAUGGAGCACUUGGAUCGAGUUAUGUUAUAUGUCCAUGGAGGCGGAUACUUCUGGGGAUCAAUAAAUACUCACCGAUACCAGAUUAUACGAUACGCUCGUAAGUUCCGGGGCCGUGCUUUUGCUGUGAAUUAUCGUAAAGCGCCUCAAUAUCCAUGGCCGUGUCCUUUGCAAGACGUUCUUGCAGCUUACUUGUACUUAAUUCAGCCGCCUCCAAACGCACACCACAGAGCGAUUCCCCCUUCAAAAGUCGUUUUUGCCGGAGAUUCUGCAGGGGGCGGACUAUCUCUCUCAGUUCUUACCAUCUUACGCGAUAUGGGGCUUCCAUCACCAGCUGGUGCCAUCCUCAUCAGUCCUUGGGUUGAUUUGACACACAGCUUUCCGAGCGUCAUGAACAACACUGAUACCGACAUCAUACCUUCACAUGGUUUUCUCGCAAAGCCAUCAACUCUUUGGCCCGUCGAUCUGUUGCCUCCAAAAGACGGCAGAGUGCAACCCGCAAAGUCAGAGCCUCCGCCAGAAGCUGGCCAUGCUGACAUAUUAAAACCUUCUGCAGCUCGUCUGCAGCUCGAGCAAAGGAAGAAGGAAAAUGCGCAAAGCAGCUCACUGAAAAAUGUCCAUGCGACGGAGACCUCUGUCACCUCAGAUCAAGGAAGACACCGAGAUGAUCUUCCCAAAGGAAUUCUUCAUGGCGACUUUCAACCAAAGCCCCCCAAAGUCCUGAUGGAUGACAAAAAUGACUUUCCACUUGAACUGAAAUCCCAAAUACAGCUGUACGCAACUACAGAGCAGCUUACCCACCCAUCUGUUUCUCCCGUCCUUCAGGGGUCAUUAGGCAAUUUACCACCAUUGUACAUCCUUGCUGGUGAUGGAGAGGUCUUACGAGAUGAAAUCAUUUACCUUGCUCAUCGUGCUGCUCGUCCAUCCGAGUAUCCGGUAAGAAACGGCAUAACCAAGGAUAGUGAAAGACAAUCAUCCAAUUCUAAAAAGUUCAUGACUCCAACCAAGGUGCAUCUCCAGGUGUUCGAUGGUAUGUGCCAUGUCUUGACGGUGUUCAGCUUUACAAAUAGUGCAAAACACGCCUAUCGAUCCAUCGCCGAGUUCGUCAGACACGUUACGGAUAGUGGCGAAGCAGAUCUCAAUCGCAAUCCCUUCCCUGAGCUUCACAUGCCUGCUCCGUCCGUAUGGAGUCAUGACUAUGAACUUGAUCCCCACCGACGAAACAGAGGUUCGAGAUUUAGUCAAAUGAAGAAAUCCGGACUGUGGCCGAAGCCUGAGGUUCAGUCCUCGGACAACGUACGCGACCCCAAUCUGUAUAAGGAAGGCGUACAAAAUUCGGCGAAGGAAAUAGGACGCGACAUUACCGAGUUGAGGAGUGUAGUCGAAACUGCUACAGUCGAUGCACCUGGUGUCACGAUGGUUCGUGAGCGUGUAGAUAUCUGGGGUAAGACAAGGCCUAUGGAACCAAAGGAGGAGAUUGCAGCUUUGCGUAUCCGACCUGAGGAGAUCGGUUUGAUCAAGGAGGCUCCUGCAUUACGGUGGGCUAAAGGCCAAGAGGAGUGGGAUAUAACCUUCAAGAAGAGUGCACAGAAAGCCAUCAGACGACGACGGGCACUGGAAGUCAAAGCCGCUGAACUACUGGAACGAGCGAAAGAGCAAGGCCUCGUUCUGCAACCUAGGCAGUCCAACAUUCCACAGAAGUCCCACGGAAGACGGGCAACUCGUACCAAGAGCACUUCAGACCAGUCUAUAGAUGGCACAAUUCAAGAAGACCGAAGAUGGGGUCCAUUCGACCUUGAAGAUGAGACUCCACCUCCCUCAGCUAUAGCUGGGCGUCGAGACACACCUGAAGCUCUUGCUUUGCUUAAGAAGUGUAUCUACCACACAGCUCCCAUAACUCACGAGACGGUCCCCAAGUUGAGUGCGAGAGAUACCAUUAGAGCCACAUUUACUCCAUACGACGGUCCUACAAGACCCCCACGGCAGUCUGUAUCAGAGCAACAAGUGCAUACCCACGUCAUUCCUGUCCAUGGUUUGAGACUGUGGGAUGUAUUAGUGGGGUAUUUUAUGCGCGAGAGCUCAAAGAAAGUUAUAGAUGGUACAAAGCACGCUGCUGUGACUGUCAAGGAUGCGGGGGCAACAUUAGAAUUGUAGAUAGAGAGGCGAACAAGUUUGCUGAUGGAAAAGUUGCCAAGCAGAGCUCAGUUUUUCCGUAGAUUCUUGAAUUUUUUCGUUUUCGUUCUAUAUCUGUCUAUAGCAUAUUCACUGUUAUACCAACUCUAGGUUGUCGUGCUUUAUAGAUACACUGACCGACAAAAAUAAAGAAACACGUGGUUUUUUUGAUUGGAGUCGCAAUAGCUCCUCAACGCUGCGAUAUUUUUUCAGACUUUCAGUGAGAGAAAUGUAGCUUAAUUGAUGUAGUUUAUUGUUAGAAAAAGAAUGAGG